AGCAUCAGUUACUUAACAAGCAAACAAUAAAAUUAAUUUCACGACUAAUAAAUGCAUUACAAAUCUUUACUUUAUUUCUUAUCAAUUUUCUAUAUCUGGAAUUUCAACUAUUUUGCACAAUCUACAAUCGAUUCCCAAUUCAAUCUGGCUUCCGAUGAAUUCUCAACUUGUGACUACUCUCGAUUCGAGAGCAUAUUAGAGGCUUUGAAUGAAAUAAUACAAUUACGAUUAAAUAAACAAAGUGACAUUUUACAAAGGUUCGAGAAAAAAUUCGACUCACUUGGAAUGAUCAGUGAUAUCAAAGAAAUUGUGAAAGGCUACGAUGUUUUAUUUGAAACCUUUGGCGAAAAACUUAAGAAUAUGGAAAAUAUACUGAACAAAGCCAGUUCAGAAACCGAUAUGUUGCGAGAUAGUACAUCCAAGAAUUUAUCAUUAUUACAAAAUAUUGAAAUGAAGUUAACAAAUGUUGAUGAAAUAACAAUCGAACAAAAUCGAAAUAUACAGGAAUAUUUAAAUAAAACUGAAGCAACCAAGAUUAGUCUCGAGACCGAUGAUCAGUUAUUAGUUUGUAAUAACCAAUCGUAUCCCACCAGUUGUGCUGAAUUCAAUAUAAACCAUUGUGCGAAUAACAAAUGUCGCAUACACAAUGAGCUUUAUGGGCCAGAACCAUUCUGGGUCGCUUGUGAUAACCACACCGAAGAUGGUGGUUGGACUGUAAUCCAAAGACGCAUUAAUGGCUCCGUAGAUUUCUAUCGUGGUUGGUCUGAUUAUAAACAAGGCUUCGGUAAUAUUGAUGGAGAAUUUUUCAUUGGCUUAGAUAAAUUACAUGCCUUGACGACUAUACUCCAACCCAUGGAACUGUUGAUACAACUAAGAGACUUUAACGAUACUGAGACGUAUGCCAAAUAUGAUGAAUUUGUUAUUGGUAAUGAAACGGAAAAGUAUAAAUUAAGUAAAGUGGGCAUAUAUUCAGGAAAUGCUGGAGAUGCCUUUAGCAAUCAUCAGGGUUUUUAUUUUACUACCAAAGAUCGUGACAAUGAUCAUCAUACUAGUAAUUGCGCCGUAAAGGAAAAGGGCGCAUGGUGGUAUUCGAAAUGUUUUUGGAGCAAUUUAAAUGGCAAAUAUUAUGGUAAAGCUGAGGCUAAAAUUAAAAAUGGUAUUUGUUGGAAUGGUUUUACGCGUUGUAAAUAUUCUUUGAAAUUUGUGCAAAUGAUGAUUAGACCUAAAAAAUAUAAAUAUGAUACCUAAUAAAAA